AUGGUCUCCACCUCAUUCGCUCGCCUCGCUCUCUUGGCCUACUUCGUCGGCACCACCGUUGCUCUUCCAUCCAAGCCGAGCGCCGAGUCAGUUCACCUCUACAGACGCCAGGACGAGCCCAACCCCAACGGCCCGCUCGAAGGGUGGACCUAUGUUGGGUGUUUCACGGAUAUCGCUUCUUCGCGCACGCUCCUCGAGGCAGUCACCGUCGACCCGGUACUGACACCCGCGAUCUGCACCGAAUUCUGCCAAGGAACGACCACCGCCCCGACCGGAUUCAACUUCGCGGGCACCGAGUUCACCUCCGAGUGCUACUGUGACUUCAACAUCCAGGGUACCGCGACCCAAGUCGAUGACGAAGAAUGCAGCUUCGCCUGCGCGGGCGACCCGACGCUCAACUGCGGUGGCUUUGGACGUGUCAGCGUCUACACCAAUGGCGGGGCGCCACCCACGAACAAGGAGCAGGUCGGUACUUGGGUCUUCUCAGGAUGCCACACGGACGCGGUUGGGGGCAACGGACGCACGCUCCUGGAGCGCUUCGACAUCCCCGAGGGCACCAGCAUCGAGAGCUGCACCGCUCAGUGUGAAGCCACGGGAUACAGUAUCACCGGUCUGGAGUUCGGACGCGAGUGCUGGUGCGGCAACGAGUUCCUCGUCGAAGACACGGAAGCCCCGCUCGGCGAGUGCUCUAUGACGUGCAUCGGCGACCACACGGAACUUUGCGGUGCUGGAAGUCGCCUCUCGGUGUAUAUCAACACCGUCGUCGUUGAACCGACCGUUGAGCCGACUCCUGAUCCCACCGUUGUUGAGCCAACCCCCGACCCAACUAUCGUCGAACCUACCCCAGAUCCCACCGUCGUCGAUCCUACUGUCGUAGAGCCGACCAUCGUCGAGCCAACGGUUGAGCCCACUGUUGUCGAACCCCCUCUCGAGCCUACUGUCACUGGUCCCGAGGAGCCGCUCCCGACUGUCACCACCGAGCCUGAUGUGGAAGUUAGGGAGGCUGCUCGUAGGCAGUAG